AUUCGAUUUCGAACAUGUUAUAAAAAUUCGAUUCGAUUCAAUUCGACCCUGCAAAGGCUUGAUUCGCACACCUCUACAAACAGGCGUAUAAAUGUGUGUAUGAAUGACUGAUAAAUGAUUAAUAAUAAUAACAAUAUGUUAGUAUGGUUCGCGUACAUUAUUGUGAAUCAAGCGAAUGAUAUAUCUAGUUCUAUAAGCUCGCUCCCUCAUGUGUGAGAUGUGUUGAAUUAUUAUCGAACAAAAUUGACGUAAUUGAUAAUAUGUAUACGGCAUCAUUGAUUGUAUUGUAAUUUUAUAAUUAAUAUUGUAUAAUUAUUAUCGGCAUUUCUAAUAACUAAAUGGAUGCUGCCUUAUUAACUUAAUAUAUACUUCAUUGAGAGGCUUACGUACGAUCGCUCGAAUACUCGUCCGUCGUGACUCUGCCGGCGAUCUACCUGGACGCCGCUCAGGUGACGCGCGAUACCGCCGUUGGAAACGCUGACGUAAUCGAUGACGCAGACGUUGCUGAAGACGCAUAUGCUGCCGAUGAUCUAUGCUGGCAACAGCAUCACUCGGCUGGUGCAAACAUACAACAUCGCCCUCACGAAAAGAACGAUUUUAUUGAAAGAUCAGAAAAAUUUAGUAAAUUCAUUCUUUCCCUGCGUGCGAUGACGGUGACGAAGACGCUGCCGCCGAUGAAAAUCUAUAGACUAUCAGUUUAUUCCGAGCAAGACGCUGAACGAGUUAACUCAAAGCUCGACGAAACCGGCAACAAGCUCGACUUUGGCGACGACGAUCGCGAUGACGAGAACAUGCUCAAGAGGGUGGUGGUGCCCAACAACGAUCCCGAUGCCGACCUGGACAUCUUCAAAUCAGCGUCGCCGUCCAAGGUGAAGAACGACGUUCACGACCAGCAGCAACGCCGAACCUUAGCUCACUCCGGAGCAGGCCCAACAAUUGGCUCUGAUGAAAUACUUCAAUCAAUAACCCCAGGUUAUCACUACCUCCAGACCGGUCGGUAGUUACCUUGGAGACGCUAUACGAAUCGCACGUGAUUCCCGUGGUGAACACGGGAAAUAUCAUCUAUUCUACGCUGACCAGGCCAGUC